AAAAUUCACUCUGUCAUUAUUGUAGAUUUGACGUAUUAAUUUUUAAUUUAUUUUUCUUAAAUUAAGAAAAAUGUGGGCAGAUACGCUUCUUAUCGUUUUUAUUUCAAUUUGUACGGCUCUUCUCGGCGAGGGUUUAACUUGGUUGAUGGUGUAUCGUACAGAAAAAUAUCAAAAAUUAAAAACUGAGGUUGAAAAGCAAAGUAAGAAAUUGGAAAAGCGUAAAGAAACCCAUGGGGAAUCAAUUUAUAAACAGGUUAAAAAGAAAAUUGAGAGGCAAGAGGAGCGAUUAAAAAUUAAUAGUAGAGAUUUAUCUUUGGUUAAAAUGAAAUCAAUGUUUGCCAUUGGAUUUGCAUUCACUGCUUUACUUAGUAUGUUUAAUAACAUUUUUGAUGGGAGAGUUGUGGCAAGAUUACCAUUUGUACCAAUUGUUUGGGUGCAAGGUUUAAGUCAUAGGAAUCUUCCAGGCGAAGAUUACACUGAAUGUUCGUUUAUAUUCCUUUACAUUUUAUGUACUAUGUCAAUCAGGCAAAAUAUUCAAAAAAUGUUGGGAUUUGCGCCAUCGAGAGCUGCUUCUAAACAAGGAAAUACAUUCUUUGGUCAAAAUGCAGGACAAUUUAAAUGAAAGCACAACAAAGAUAGUUUGAUUCAUAAAUUUUAUUUUUAUUUUGUACAUUAUUUAUAAAAGUACCUCAUUAAAAAUCGAGGUGUUAAUUUGUAUUUAUAAUUUAUACAAUACAAGCUUCUAACAUUGG